AUGACAGACAAGAUGGCGUCGUCAAUAAUACGAGACGCUGUCGCUGGUUUCUUUGAAUACAAUACACCAAGAAUUGUUCAUAUCAAAGACACAACUAUUGGGACCACCAACAGAUUUAUCCAGUUUCUAAUUAUUGGAUACAUUAUUGGCUAUGCUAUCGUGUAUAAGAAAGGCUACCAGGAUGUUGACAGUGUGAAAAGUGCAGUGACCACCAAAGUCAAGGGAAUAGAGUUUUACAAUGACAGUCGAUAUGGAGUCGGAACUUUAGAUGUAGCAGAUUAUGUCAUUCCACCACAGGAAACAGAUGCAUUUUUUGUGAUGACAGGGUUUAUAAAAACCGCUCUGCAGGCCCAGAGAACCUGUCCUGAGAGUCCAUACAUACAGCAGGCUCUAUGUCAAAAUAAUACGGAAUGUGAGAGGUUAAAGGGCGCUAUCUUACCCAAGGGAAAUGGACCAGUUACAGGUCGAUGUGUGCCAUCCAGUAUCCCAGGGCAACCAAAUGUCUGUGAAAUUUAUGGGUGGUGUCCGGUAGAGGAUGACAGUCCAGAUCAGGUGCUGACUUUUGAAGAUAUCCUCAACUUCACCGUGUUCAUCAAGAACAACAUAGAGUUCCCUAAGUUUGGAGUCAACAGGCGAAACAUACUGGACUGGUACCACAAUGAUUCUGAACUGUCGGACUGUCUGUGGAAUGGUAACGAUGAGCGAAACAAAUUCUGUCCUAUCUUCGUAUUAGGAGACAUUAUAGCAGAAGUGGAUAAGAAUUGUACAACUUUAUUAAAAAUGGGUGGGAUGAUAAAGAUCAUCAUAGACUGGAACUGUGAUCUGGAUAACAGUGUGGAAGCUUGCCUGCCUCGCUACUCCUUCGUACAACUGGACAAGGGAGACUACAAUUCUUCUGUGGGUUUCAACUUUAGAUAUGCUGACCAUUUUUACGAGAACACCUCUGACGCCUACAUUUUUUACCGCAAUUUAUAUAAAGUUUAUGGGAUUCACUUUCUUGUGGAAGUUCGUGGCCAAGCUGGCAAGUUUGGAAUUGUUCCCCUCCUGUUGAAUAUCGGCAGUGGUUUGGCUCUUUUGGGAAUUGCUACAAUUUUGUGUGAUAUUAUUGUCCUCUACAUCUUGAAAGCCAAGACUUUCUACAGACAAAUGAAAUAUCUGGAUGUUACUGGAGAUGACCCAUUUCAA